GCGUGCUUACAUGGCAACAUGACGACGCCUGCGGUAUCACUGGCAGCAUGCCUUCUUCAUCCAUUUACGCCAAUAUAUUCCGUAUAUAUCUGACGACGGAACACGGUCCUGAGAAGUUUUCAAAUGAGCUAUCAUCUCUUUAGGUGUUCUUUCAAAGCAUCCACCAUGAUCUUCUCGUUACUUCUCGUAUCCCUGACAGCCGUCGCUCGCGCUGCCGUUCUCGUGGAUUUUCAGGUUGCUCAGCCUGUCGUUGUACCCAGUAAUGUAAAGCAAUGCACGGUUCAAGUGCUCCGACGCGAUUUCGCGUUUUCUUUUGGCGACGCUGAAGUUGUGGAGCUAGUGCCUCCCACGGACUGUGGUUCCGUUGGGUCUUGGUCGGCUAUAACUCUGAAUCUGACGGUAACUUCCAAUGGAACUCAAUUCGACCGACUCGGUAUUUUUACGUUCCAAAAUGUUGAGAUCUGGAGGACGUCUACGCCAGAGCCUACUCCAGGCGACGGAAUCAUUUGGACUUACAUCAAGGACGUUUCGCAGUACAUGCCGCUAUUCGAGACGGCUGGCACUUUCAUUUUCCAGUUAGAUAACCUCAUUGAGGCGGGUUUGGAUGGUAUAUAUUCAUCUGUGGUCCACGCAACCUAUUAUGACUCUUCUAAUCAGCAUCCUCCGGCCGACAAAGCUGACUUGAUUGUACCUCUCUCUACGCUAGCCAACGACACUGGAAAUGACGCUUCAGUGCCACCCGGCUUCUCGUUGAACAUCACUCUCCCUAUCAACACCGUGGAAAUAUAUGCUGAACUAUUUGCGUCCGGUAACGCCCAAGAGGAAUUCUGGUACACCAAUGCCGCCGACAAUUUUAUCUCUAGUCUCCCUGAUGGCACCACAUUUGGCCAAGGGCCUUUCCGUGAAGUUCGUUUACUUAUCGAUGACCAGGUAGCCGGCGUCGCAUUCCCGUAUCCUGUCAUCUUUACUGGUGGUAUCUUACCGUCGUUCUGGAGACCAAUCACCGCAUAUGGCGCCUUGGACCUUCCCACUUACUUCCUUGAUGUAACUCCAUUUGCACCCUUGCUUUCAGAUGGUAAUCCUCAUAACUUUACCAUCGACGUUCCGUCUGCGGAAGCAGACCAUACCAUAAACCAGAACUGGUUUGUUUCGGGACUGCUGCAGGUCAUUACGGAUUCCUCAUCGGGGCGGACUACUGGCAACAUUACUAAAUAUGCUGUCGAGCCAUUCGCAGCGACGUCUGUUAGGGGAAGUGCAUCCGAGUCAGAAUUCGACGUCGAAAUCAUUGUUCAGGCCACGCGGAGUGUGCACAUCGAGGCCGAUGUCAUAAGCGGGAGUGGCAAAGCUACCCACGUUGUUUGGACCCAAGAUAUGAGCUAUUCUAACUUCCAAAGUUACACAAACGAGGCAUUGACUCAGUUUGUAAAACAAACAGCUACGGGAGACAUAAGUUCCACCCACAAUGGUGUUUCUGUUGUUGCUGAUUCGUUCUCUUAUCCUCUUGAGCUUAAUAUCACUUUUCUGACUCCUGAAUUUACCAGCUGGACCUCUGAGGUCGAUCAUUCGUACGAUCGGACGGUACAAGCGAGCCCCCUGGUAUUAGGGACUACGAUCCAUAAUCAUCAGAUAACUACUGGCUUUUUCCAAACAGCUUCGACUGGCAAUACUGGCAAUGGAACAAGCAACAACACGUUUACUUAUAGUGACACUGCCGGGAACACAUAUCAGAGGAUCGUGGAUGCGGCGCUCAAUAAUAUCACUUUUGACAGAGAAAGUGGAAGUCUUGCACCUGCUAAUACUCCAGUGUUAGUGCAGGCGUUGCAAGCUAAUGACGGAAUGUUUGCUCCUGCGCGUUUGCCUGGGAAUAGUGCAUGACGAGCAGUAGUAAUAGUUCAUAAGUAUGGGAUACUUUAGUCGCAAAUUGAGCUUUCUGUUUAUUCGGCUGUGUCGGCCCGGAUACGGUCAAUGAG